AACAAAUUAGUGGCACCACAGUCCUUCAGAAUGGGGAGGGGAAGGAAUGAGGGCCAGGGCGGAGAGAGAAGGGAAGGAGGGGAGGGGUGGAGAAGGGAGGGAAAUGAUAGAUGAGGGAAGAGAGGGAUUACCUCAGAGAGGAGGAGGAGGAGAGGGAGGAGAGGAGAGGGGUGAAAAGGAGGAAGGAGAGGGGAUGGGAAACGGGAUGUACAUCAGGAACAGGAGGGAUGAGAGCGAGGAAAUGGAGGGGGCGAAGAAGCAAAGGGUGUUUACAACUUUACAUGGCGAAAUACAAGAAAACAGUUACAAAAUGCUUCGGUUUAAGUUUUAUGUCUCUGAGGGAGUCGAACAAAUUAGUGGCACCACAGUCCUUCAGAAUGGAGGUUCUGGAAAGGAGGAAUUACUGCCGCCUGCAGAGCCUAACUGCAGCCUCAGCAAUUCUGAAAGACGUGUUUUAAAUGAACUGGAGGCUGAACGGGAUGCAGCGUUACAGAGAAUUGCAGUGCUAGAAGCUGAAGCAGCAUCGCAGGCCAAGUCGUUGGAAGAUGCUAUGCAACGGAUGAAGGACCAAACUGCUCUUCUAGAAAAAAUGAACGAGGAAUCUGCUUUAAUCUCCAUGGAGAAGGAAAAACUGGCAGAAGAGUUGGAGGGUCUUCAGACACGCAUUGAUGAAACGGAGAUAACAAAACGAGAGGCAUUGGAGCAAGCAGAUGGUGCACGUGAAGCUGCACAUGCAUUUUCGCUCAAGAUGGCAGAACUGGAGGCCAAGUACUUUGAGGCUCAGACGGCCUUGGAGGCCUCUGUUAACGAGGGUCUGCAAAAGGAGAGUGUGCUGAAGGAGGAGCUUGAGGAAACGAAGGCUUUACUGGCUUCAGCAGAACGUGAGAAGAACGCUCUCAAGAGCACAGUUGUGGAAGGAUCGUCUAAGGCUGCAGAAGAGCUGGCUUCAUUACGUGCAAAAGCAGCAGAGCUUGAAGGAAAGCUGGGCGCGUCAGAGUCGCGGCUUGCAAGGAUGGCAGCGGAGAGUGCAAAUGCGCGUGGAGGUGAUGGAGCAUCAUCGAACAGGUCAAGAGGAUUUAGCAGCGGAAGAAGUCAGACAACAAAUGCACUGGAGAGUCUGGGUCUUGAUGCUGUGAGAGAGGAGCGAUUGCUAUGGAAAAGCAGCAAAGGCCAGGCUGGCGAUCUUGAGGGCGGUACUGAGCCUCUGCUAGAUCAUCAUCGGAUGAGGAGACUCACAAAGCGGGGCACUUCGGCUUCGAGUGAUGGAGAAGGGAAGGAGAGCUCUGUUAUGGACUGGAUCAUGCGUGGCCGGUCUAAGGAGCUGUUUGGAUUUGACGAAAUGCGUGGAACGGAACCUCAUAUUGAAGUCCAUAAAUUCCAUCGUUUACACAAUGUGCAAUUAUCCACGGUCUCACAAUGACUUAAAAACGAUCUUUUUUUUUGUUUACUAUGUGUAUUGUGAAAGGAUUCACGCUGCAGACUCCCAGUCCCAGUCCCAAGGUCCCGACAAGU